CUCUGAUUGGUCAACGGGAGGCGGUUUGCUUUUGAAAGUCCGGCUGUGAUUCGCUGUUUCCAGGAGGAAGCGUCGGUUUAAACUUUGGGGCGGGAGUUUGUUCCGUUUGAAUCUGACAGAAAAGCAGCUCCGCUUGGACCGAGAGGACAAGGAAACACGGAAGCGGAGCGUUAGCAUCGGUUAGCAUCAUGGCUUCGUCCCAGAACAUGGACCCAGCAGCUUCCAACAUGGCCGCUCUGAAAGGAAGCGACACCGGAGGCAGUGCGGCCAGAGGAGGGGUGUCCAAACGGCUGCAGCAGGAGCUGAUGACUCUCAUGAUGUCGGGUGAUAAAGGGAUCUCAGCUUUUCCAGAAUCAGAUAAUUUGUUCCGCUGGGUCGGGACCAUUGAUGGAGCUCAGGGGACGGUCUACGAGGGGCUCCGGUACCGCCUGUCCCUGGACUUCCCGGCCGCGUACCCGUACCAGGCUCCGCGGGUCAAGUUCCUGACUCCGUGCUUCCAUCCCAACGUGGACGAGCACGGCUUCAUCUGCCUGGACAUCCUGAAGGACAAGUGGUCGGCGCUGUACGACGUCCGCUCCGUCCUGCUGUCCAUCCAGAGCCUGCUGGGAGAACCCAACAACGAGAGUCCUCUGAACACGGCCGCAGCAGAACUCUGGGAGAACCAGGACGCCUUUAAAGCUCAUCUACACUCGACCUUCCAGAACUGAAGCUGCUCCACGUUUGUUCGUCUUCUGUGUUUGUACAAUAUUUUUAUGUUUGUUCAUUGUUCUGUAUCAAUAAAGUUCUUAAUUCAAAGCCACAUUUAAACGAA